AAUAACUAUAGAAUCGGUUUGGGCGUUUAUAAUUCCACGAGCACUCUAUACCGUUCAGUCCAACUGGAAUAAUCAAUACGUAAGAAGUAACUCAAAUGAAUUUGGGAGAAUUUAGUCAUACACAAGAACAAGAAUUUAAUUCGCAGUUUUCUUAUUCCCCUUUCUUUUUGGAUCCUACCAACAUCCCGCAAUAAGGAGGGUUUGCCCCACGCUUGAACAGUGAACCUGACACUUUCCACGAACAUUUAAUCGCUUGCUCUUCAUAAAACUCCUCAGGAUUACUUUGCACUCAUCGUGAAUCGGGAUAGCAGUUUACAAUCAAAGAUGUAUCGAAACUUUGGGAACUUGGGCCGAGGAGGCAGCGACUCUGGGUCCACCAACACCGGAUCGAGUGCUGUAUCCCAGGGCACCAGCACCUCAACUACUCAACAAGAUCAGAAGUUCACUGUGGCAGGUAGCAGCCAGUUUGUCCCCAGUCUCAAUGCCAUCACUUCCAACCAAGACCUCCAGUGGUUGGUCCAGCCCUCCUUCAUUGGUCCACCUGGCCCCUCGCGGCCUCCACGUCCUCUUUACUCACCUGCAGCAGGAAUGAGGUCCUUCAACCCUUCACCUUCCCAACCACACCUCUACAGACCAGGGGUCAUAAGGGCAGUGGCAAGAUCCGGGAGCACAACCAGACGCAGGAACGAUGAACAUUUGUCCCCAGAGGAGUUGGAGAGACGCAGAAUAAGGAGGGAGCGGAACAAACAGGCAGCUGCCAAGUGUCGUAACCGUCGACGGGAGCUGACAGACACGCUGCAAAUCGAGACAGAUGAGUUGGAAGGUAAAAAGUCCUGUCUGCAGAAAGAGAUUGCUGAACUACAGAAGGAGAAAGAAAAGCUAGAGUUGGUUCUAGAGGCCCACCGCCCCAUUUGCAAGAUCCAAGACUCUGACUCGGAUUCUGACCGGAGCUCAGAGCUUCCCUCAUUGGGAGGUAUCAAAAUUGAGCCUGAGCUUCCUGACCUACCAGGGAGCUCAGCAAAGAGCCAAUCAAGGAUAGAGAAGCCCAAACCCAAAAUUACUAUCCCUGUCCGUCCUGUGACCUCCUCUGCCUCUGCUGURCCCAUGGAAUCUGAGUCCCUUCACACCCCAAUUCUUAUUUCUACUCCAUAUCUUACUCCUUUCACGGCUAGUCUGGUCUUCAGUUAUCCRUCUGGCUCUCUAGACUCCAGUUCCACUAUUUCAUCCCAGGCUCUACCGACUCUGUCAUCUUCCUCUCAACACGGUGUGGCCCAGCAGUCUCGAAACCCCCAGCCCUGUAGUAUUGCCCAUCGCCGUAGCAGCAGCAGUGGGGACCAAUCAGAUCACUCCCUAAACUCCCCUACCAUAAUCACACUGUGAUUUAACUGGCUUCCUUGGUGGGAAAGACUGAGUGACAACACUGACGGUUAUGAAGAUGAUGACAAUAAUGACAUAGGUGACUUUAAUAACGACAGUAAUUAUACGCUAAAUGCAGCUGGUCUACUUCAUUUCCUCUGUGCCUACACUUUCCAAAUAGCCCCUACACACUAAAUGCACACAAAAGCUAAAAUACUGAUUCUCACAAAAGGCAUUAUCGUGAUGCGAAUGACUCCUAUUUAAAGGGCUGUAUUGUUAUACUUUUUUUGUUUUCACCGACGCAUAUAACUUCUGACAACCUAUAUUUGUUAUGCUCAAAACACAAGAUGUAGAACUGUGCAAACAAAAAUGCAUCAACUCGGUGCACUUUGGCAAUAAUGGUGAUAUAUUUAAGCAAUAAGGURCGAGGGGGUGUGGUAUAUGGCCAAUAUACCACAGCUAAGGGCUGUGGUA